AUGUCUGAAUCAGAAGCAUAUGGAGACGAACUCAUGCCUUUAACUCCAGUGUCGAAUAUCUAUCAAGAGAGAAAUUUAUACAAACAUGAGAAUGAAAACAUAAUCUUUUCUGCCUUAAUCUCAUUUCAUAUUGACCGUCCAUCUCUGUAUAUCUCAGGGAUAUCGUACUGUAUAAACUACGAUAAAGCUGCGGCCGAAGAGCAAAGGAAGGGCGAACAGCCUCCUAACAGCCCUUGGACAAACCGUCUUAUUUGUUUGGCCUGCCUGCUUGCCAUCGAACUCGCCGUGAAGAAACAGCUAUACCAUCAACGCCGGUCAAACAUCUAUCGUGAAGAAGAAGAAGAAGAAGAAGAAGAGAUUCCCUUGCGAUAUACGCUGGAUCUUCACUGCCGCAUUUCGACUGCCCUCGCUAUGGAGAUGAACGGCAGCGCCAAACGCAAGCACUCUGGCAGUGCGAUGUCCCUACCGUCCGCCAAACACUUCCGGCCAGAUCCCGCUACUCCUGCUAUUCCUCCUCCUGAAGACCAUCAGGCCUCUGCGGACGUGGCUAUGUACGCCUUUGACGAGGCCACAGAUCCUGAGGCUGCCGCGAGGGCGAUGCUGCCCGUCAGCCAGGUGCAGACAGACUCGGCAGAGUGGCAGGAGACCAUCGAGAGGGUCUGUGAUGUCAAGCCCAUAUAUCGAGACCCAGUCCACGAUUUCGGUAUCCUCAAGUUCGACCCUGCUGCAAUCAAGUAUAUGCCCUUGACGGAACUGAGGUUACGACCCGACUCGGCAAGAGUAGGCGUGGAAAUUAGAGUGGUAGGCAACGAUGCCGGAGAGAAACUGAGUAUCCUGUCAGGCGUUAUCAGUCGACUGGAUCGGAACGCGCCAGAGUACGGAGAGGGAUACAGUGAUUUCAACACAAAUUAUAUCCAGGCAGCUGCUGCAGCCAGCGGUGGAAGUUCCGGCAGUCCAGUCGUUAACAUCGACGGCUACGCUAUUGCUCUACAGGCUGGUGGACGCGCAGACGGUGCUGCCACAGAUUAUUUCCUGCCCCUUGACCGUCCCCUUCGUGCCUUGCAAUGCAUCCAAAACGGGCAGCCAGUCGCUCGCGGCACGAUCCAGACUCAGUGGAUCAUCAAACCCUUUGAUGAGUGUCGAAGGCUCGGUCUGUCGCCAGAGUGGGAGGCCGCGGUACGACUAGCGGCGCCCAAGGAAACGGGCAUGCUUGUCGCCGAGAUUGUACUUCCAGAAGGCCCCGGGGACGGAAAACUCCAGGAAGGCGAUGUCUUGAUCAAGGUAAACGGGGGCCUCCUCACCCAGUUCGUCAAGCUUGACGCGAUCCUUGACUCGUCUAUCGGACAGGAUGUCUGUUUACUGGUGCAAAGGGGUGGCGAAGAUCUAGAGGUGAGAUGCAAAGUUCAGGACCUCCAUGGCAUCACUCCUGCAAGAUACGUCAGCGUGGCCGGUGCUAUAUUCCACGAUCUAUCAUACCAGCAGGCGAGGCUAUAUUCUAUCCCUUGCCGAGGAGUGUACGUCUGCGAGGCUGCUGGUUCCUUCAAGCUGGAAAAUGCCUUUUCUGGUUGGAUCAUUGAUUCCGUCGAUAAGAGGCCGACAAAGAACUUGGAUGAGUUCAUUGAAGUCAUGAAGACCAUACCAGAUCGUGCCAGAGUCGUCCUGUCAUACAGACACAUCCGCGACCUUCACACCAGGGGCACUAGCGUCGUACAUAUAGAUCGUCAUUGGCACCCACAGAUGCGGCUUGCAGAGAGAAAUGAUACAACCGGCCUGUGGGACUUCACUGACCUGGCUGAUCCCCUUCCCGCAGAGCCACCAGUGCCCAGGAGAGCUGACUUCAUCCAUCUCAACGGUGUCAAGCAUGCUGCUGCCAACGAUAUCGUCCGCAGCUUUGUGCGUGUAUCUUGCACCAUGCCUGUCAGGCUCGAUGGAUUCCCACAAGCCAGAACUCUCGGCUUCGGUCUGGUUAUCGACGCUGAAAAGGGGCUGGUCAUCAUCUCUAGGGCUAUAAUUCCCUUCGACCUUUGCGAUAUCAACAUCACCGUUGCCGACUCUAUCAUAGUCAGAGGGAAAGUCGUUUUCAUGCACCCGCUUCAGAACUAUACAGUCAUUCAGUAUGAUCCCAACUUAGUACAGGCUCCUGUCAAAUCCGCCAGAUUGAGUACGGAGUACAUGCAACAGGGCGCUGGAACUCUGUUCGUUGGCUUUAACCAAAAUUUCCGUAUUGCUGUGACUGCCACAACAGUCACAGAUAUCACCACCGUUGCGAUCCCCCCAAAUGCUUCUGCACCACGAUACCGCGCUAUAAAUCUCGACGCUAUCACGGUUGACACUGGGCUCAGCACACAAUGCACCAGCGGUGUUCUACUGGGAGAAGACGGUGUCGUAGAGGCUCUUUGGCUCAAUUACUUGGGCGAACGGACAGAGGGUUCACACAAAGAUGUCGAGUACCAUCUCGGUCUAGCCACUCCAUCUCUUCUCCCAGUUCUCUCCCAGAUCCAGAGCGGCGCCAUCCCCAAACUUCGAAUCCUCGAUAUGGAAACAUACGUAAUUCAGAUGAGCCAGGCGCGAGUCAUGGGCGUAUCUGAAGAAUGGAUUCGCCAGGUUGCCAUUGCCAACCCAGCACGUCACGAACUGUUUAUGGUUCGAAAAGUAGACUGUGCCUCUCCAUUAUCUACAGACUCGAGAACAUUGGAAGAAGGGGAUGUCAUUCUCACGCUGAAUGAUAAGCUUGUGACCCGCGUUGCGGACUUCGACGCUAUGUAUGACCAAGAGUCGCUAGACGCUCUCAUCGUGCGUAACGGCGAAGAGAUGAAGAUACAGAUCAAGACCGUCCCUACCGAGGACCUUGAGACUGACAGAGCUCUUAUUUUUUGCGGAGCUGUCUUGCAAAAACCUCACCAUGCAGUCAGACAACAGAUUUCUAAACUGCAUUCUGACGUAUAUGUCAGCGCAAGGAGCCGUGGCUCGCCUGCCUAUCAAUACGGCCUGGCUCCCACUAACUUUAUCACCGCAGUCAAUGGUAUUAAAACGCCAGACCUCGACUCGUUCAUUGAACAGGUCAACACCAUUCCUAACAAUACGUACUUUCGCCUGCGCGCCGUCACAUUCGAUAACGUACCCUGGGUUGUGACUAUGAAAAAGAACGACCACUAUGUAAAUCUCUUCCCCCUGAAGUUCCCCAUGUCCGAAUACGUCAAGGCCCCUGCAUCCCCCUUGGGAUGGAAGACAAUCAGUCAUACACCGGAUAGAAAGCGCCGAGAUACGUAUGAUACGGACAAUCCUAAUGCUGACGCUAUGAUGGAGGAUAGAGACGUGGAUGUAGGUGAUGUGGAGCCGGAGGGGGGAGAAUGA